GAUUGAGCAUAGUCCUGGUGACGUCAGGUGCAGUUCUGUGGUGCUUAUGUAGGGUGGUUGAGACUGUACUAGCUGCAGACUGAGUCAGAGAUACACAGUGACAUUUCCCUGAGCCCCGGAACACAAAGCAGAGACAGCAUGUGUGGAAUUUUUGCUUACCUCAACUACCAUGUGCCCCGCACCAGGCGUGAGAUCCUAGAAAGGCUUAUCAAAGGUCUCCAGAGAUUGGAGUACAGAGGAUAUGACUCUGCGGGUGUCGGUAUUGAUGGUGGCAAUGAGAAAAACUGGGAGAACAACUCCAAGAAAAUUCAGCUCGUCAAGACAAAGGGGAAGGUCAAGGCUUUGGAUGAAGAAAUAAACAAACAGGAAGCUAUGGACCUGGAUAUUGAAUUUGAGAUUCACCUGGGCAUUGCACACACCCGUUGGGCCACUCACGGAGAGCCCAGCCCCACCAACAGCCACCCACAGCGCUCUGACAAAAACAACGAGUUUAUCGUGAUCCACAAUGGCAUCAUCACCAACUACAAAGACCUGAAGAAGUUUCUGGAAAGCAAAGGCUAUGAGUUUGAGUCUGAGACUGACACAGAAACCAUUGCCAAGCUGGUGAAAUAUAUGUAUGACAAUCGGGAGAAUGACGAAAUCAGCUUUGCCACCCUUGUUGAGCGGGUCAUCCAGCAGCUGGAAGGUGCAUUUGCUCUGGUUUUUAAAAGUAUUCACUAUCCCGCCCAGGCUAUUGGAACCAGGAGAGGCAGCCCACUUCUAUUGGGUAUACGGAGUGAGCACAAGCUGUCCAGCGAUCACAUCCCCAUAUUGUACCGUUCAGUGUCACAAAGCAUCGAUUAUCCUCUAGAAGGAAUAUGCAUAAUAGAGAAAGAAGUUCUAGAGAAGAAAGGCAGCUGCCCCGUUCCCAGAAUAGACACCACCACUUGUCUGUUCCCUGCAGAAGAGAAGGCUGUGGAAUAUUACUUUGCAUCAGAUGCCAGUGCUGUAAUCGAACACACCAACCGCGUCAUUUACCUGGAAGAUGAUGACGUGGCUGCUGUUGUGGAUGGUCGUCUCUCCAUCCAUCGCAUCAAAAGAAGUGCUGGAGACCACCCAGCCCGUGCCAUUCAGACCUUACAGAUGGAGCUGCAACAGAUCAUGAAGGGCAACUUCAGCUCUUUCAUGCAGAAAGAAAUCUUUGAGCAGCCAGAGUCCGUAGUCAACACAAUGAGAGGGCGAAUCAAUUUUGAUGACCUAACGGUAAUUUUGGGCGGUCUGAAAGAUCACCUCAAAGAAAUUCAAAGAUGUCGACGACUAAUCCUCAUUGCCUGCGGAACCAGUUACCAUGCUGGAGUUGCUACACGUCAGAUCCUUGAGGAGCUGACAGAGCUUCCAGUCAUGGUGGAAUUAGCGAGUGACUUCCUGGACAGGAACACCCCUGUAUUCAGAGAUGAUGUGUGCUUCUUUAUCAGUCAGUCAGGAGAGACAGCGGAUACUCUUCUUGCACUGCGUUACUGCAAAGAACGGGGAGCCCUGACAGUAGGGAUCACCAACACCGUUGGCAGCUCCAUCUCAAGGGAGACAGACUGUGGUGUCCAUAUUAAUGCUGGGCCUGAGAUUGGUGUGGCCAGCACAAAGGCAUACACUAGCCAGUUUGUGGCUCUAGUCAUGUUUGCACUCCUGGUUUGUGAUGACCGUAUAUCUGUGCAAGAACGACGCAAGCAAAUUAUAAAUGGUCUGAAAAUACUGCCAGACAACAUUAAGGAAGUGCUUAGUCUUGAUGAUGAGAUUCAGAAGCUGGCAGCUGAACUGUACCAACAGAAAUCGGUGUUGAUCAUGGGUCGUGGAUAUCACUAUGCAACCUGCCUGGAAGGCGCCUUGAAAAUUAAGGAAAUCACCUAUAUGCAUUCGGAAGGGAUCUUGGCUGGGGAGCUGAAGCAUGGUCCAUUGGCCUUGGUAGACAAACUAAUGCCGGUCAUCAUGAUUAUAAUGAGGGAUCAUGCCCAUAUCAAGUGCCAGAAUGCUCUGCAGCAAGUGGUAGCUAGACAGGGGCGUCCAGUUGUGAUCUGUGACAAGGAGGACACCGAAACUAUUAACACAAUCAAACGUACAAUCAAGGUUCCUCACACAGUGGACUGUCUUCAAGGAAUACUGAGUGUGAUCCCCCUGCAGCUCCUUGCCUUCCAUCUUGCCGUUCUCCGAGGAUAUGAUGUGGAUUGUCCAAGAAACUUGGCCAAGUCUGUGACUGUGGAGUAGAAUGGGUGGAAUCUGUAAACGACACUAUUUCUACCAUUUCUAUAUCCCAAUUUUUACUUUUUAUAUUUAUGUUCCCCUCAUCUCCUUUGUAUUCAGUCCAUUUGCAGCACCUGCUGCUGCAUCUUGUAAAUCUGGAAAACCAGAAUAUUGUACAAAUGUAGUUUCUGUUGUAAACAGACAGAGCCUUGUAGAAUAGAUACUAUUACCUUUCUCUGCAGUAACUUUGAGUUCUAGUGAUUUGCACUGACUUUGUCAGGUCAGAUCCAGCACUUUAAACUUUGUCCAUACUACUAUCUUACAGCUCAUGUAAAGAUGGGGACCUUUCUGUCUUUAAACUAUAUGUGCCAAGGGAUAGUCUACUGUCCACAGUCAUAUGCAGACUGCUAAUUGCUCUGUGCAUGUGAUAGGAAAUAAAACAAUCGGUCAGAGGAGGUGACUUUACCGAGAAUGUGAUGCAAGCACAAAGAACUUGAUAGAACUGCCAUGCAUUACUUCCUGGCCUACAACAGGCAUAGGUCCUGCACUGCAGUUUGUUUCCUUUCUCUGAGUACAUUCUCAUGUUUUAUUUUUCUAGGUAGGAGGGUUACUGGAAAAUCAGGUUUGUGAAUUAGUGACUGGGUUAAAGGGACUCCAACACUGACAUUUGUUCAUUUUCCUAAAGUAGACAGAAUAUUUUAUAGAAUGGGAUUCGCUCCUUUGAAAGACUUGGCUUUUAAGCCAUGGUGGUGUUUUUUCUAUACAUUAUCUCUCCCUGCUCUGUCUUUUCAAUAGGUUGGGGAAGUGGCUCUGGCAAGGAAUGUGUGAUAUAGGGAUUGAAUUUGAGAUCAUUAGGGAGCACUAAGUUUAAUGAAAAUGAGUCUGUCUUAUUUGCGGCAGUUCACCAAUUAGAUAAAGUUGCAUAUUUUAAUUAGUGUGAUGCUGUCUGCAGACAGCUCUCUUAUAUAAUGGUCUCCAUUUUGAAAGUAUAGAGUCUUGAGGGCUCUUUGUAGAAAGCAUUAAAAGUGCAGAGUUAAAGCAAUUGUAAAGGUUAUUUUUUUUUUAAAAUAAGAUUUAUACAUGCCUCUUCUCUGCAAUGGUUUUACAUAGAGCAGCCCUGAUCCUCCUCUUCUCCUGUCCUCUGCCAGUGCUCCUCCUCUUCUCAGUGUGUCACCAUAUGAAGACACUUUAUAUUGUGGCACACCUGCAUGCUCGAUCCCAAGCUGCGCUGCUUGUGUUUAUAGCCCAUGGCUCAUGCUGCUAUCUCUGAGCCAGUGAGGCGUGAGAGAAAGACGGCUGCUUUCGAGUAUUUUUUGGGGGGGGCAAAACAGAGAAUGUAUUAGGGUAAACUUUUAGCCUUUACAAAUACUUUGUACCAUUUUUACACAGGCUGGGGUUACUUGAGAAUGGCAUAGGUGGGUAUAAUUUUAACUUUGUGUGCUAUGUAGUCUGAGGUGUUGGACACAAUUGAUGUAGAUAAUGUCCCUUUAAUCAGUCUUGUGUGGGUGCAGACACUAGUAAUGGUUUUCCAAUAGACUCGGGCUGCACGUUCCACAAUAAUAGUCCAUGCAAUGUCUGGAUUGUAUUUUUACUAUAGAUAUAAUUUUGUUUUGUUUUCACAUUGCUCUUGCACCUUUUUGUAAUAAAUGUUUGUCUGUGUAACAAGCAGUAGUUGCACCUCCUCUAAGGAACCAUUUAAAGCUCUCAACCUUGCUGGACCUAGCCCUGCUUUAUACAUCCUUUUAUUGCUCUGCUAGUCUAAAAAUAAGCUUAUCUGGAAAAUACAUUUUACUGAUAUAGGGCUUCACUUCACCUGGAGGUAAGGAAAGGAGUGCAUUGUCCAUUACAACCCUUGUCCUUCAGCUGUCAUUUUUUACUGGUGAAAGGAGAAGAUGAGAGAGGCCAUGAAAGUAUCUCUGUACCUGCAGAACACACUUUUUGUACUUUAGGAGGAUACAGAUGUGGCAUUUACAAUUUUUCUCUAGCGUGUGAAGUUUCCCCUGCCAUCCUUUGGACCAUUUUUGUGGUUGGCAUUGUACAAGCAGAAUAUCAUGGCAUUGCCCAGCUAUGCCACCUGUUCUUUGUUCUCCAUAGGUGCUUGUGAUAGCUGGAAAUAAAGAAAAUUAACAUUUCAACGAUUCCUGGAGAGCUUUUAGUUGUACUUGUGAUAAAAUAUGAUUAAAAAAAAGUAGCUGUGGCAUUCUGGUCAGACCUACACCUGUCGUGUGUGUAUGUUGAUAAAUACCUCAAAUGCCUUAGGUUUAAAUGCAAUUAGAGUUGUGCUUGGCUGGGCACAGUAGAUGAUUGACAUCUGGAAAGCAGAAGCUGCAAGAGUUUUUUUCCAACAGCUUGUUAGUGUUUACCAUUUAAAAGCUGAUUGCAGUGGAUGAGUACAGCAACAGCCAGCUUUUUAAAGAGCUUCUGGUUGAGGUACUAUUGUGCACAUAGAGAAUGCCAACACUUGGAUAGCAUCUCUGAAAAACAAUCAUUUGAAUUGAUUAAUCUCAGAAAUUAUCUCAAGAAUGGUAUAUGACCGUGUGCUUUCUGGACAGCAUAUGGCCUCCCAGCUCUGGGCAAGCUACACUUUCAAACAAGCCCUCCCAGACUGCUUUAAAGGAUUUAUCUGUUGAGCUGCAGAUUUUUACUUUGAACCAGAUUGCCCUGAAAACCCAUUGCAAGGCAUUCUGUGGCAACCAGUUUCAUGUGUUUACAUGAAUCCUACCUGAAAAGCAAGCAAAAUGAUUAAAUCUGAGUGCUAAAGAGGAUCGCUUUUUUUUUUUUUCUCAUGGAGAUGGUUGCCAGGGAGUGCCUUACACCUUUUUCCAGAGAUGGCUUACCUGAAAAUAAGGUACUGUUGCAGGUUAUGAAGGAAUCACUCUUGGUGCAUUCUUCUCUUGACAGACUCCCUAACUUAGGAAAUGAAGGCUUUUGAGACUACCAGAUGCACUACUUUCUAUGAAGAUAAAGAAAAUGUGAUAUUUUUUUUUUUUUUUUACUCUCAUCAUUUUUGUUUUGUUUUUCUUAGUGUAUUUUUUUUAUUCAAUCUGAAAUGUUGGUACUUUAAUGUUAAAAUAUGUAUGCUAUUUGUAUUUGUUUUUUUGUUUUAACUGGAAAAAAAUGAAAGUUUCCGUUAAAUGGAAAAAUUGCUGUUCACCUGUUAAUGUAAGAAAAGUUUACAAUGGACCAAAGAUACGUGCAGUGCUUGUAAAAUAAAGAUUAAAAAAAAUCACAUGGAUUCUGUGAAAAAUAAACCAUUUAGACAUGUACAGCUA